AUGUCCAACCCACUUAAAUAUAUUCAAGAAAAAAACGUUAGAAACUUGCAAAAAAAAGCGACACCGUUUGAUGGACUCCCUCCCGCGCUUCAAAAUCGUAAAACAGCUACUUUGGUCCUCAAAUUCCUAAACAUGGUUCAGUCCGUAGAUAUGUUUAACCCACUUAAAUAUAUUCAAGAAAAAAACGUUAGAAAACUUGCAAAAAAAAGCGACACAUCGUUUGAUAGACUCCCUCCCGCGCUUCAAAAUCGUAAAACAGCUACUUUGGUCCUCAAAGCUCUAAAGAAAGAUCAAGAUAUGCCCGCUCUUGUAUUCGAGUGGAAUGAAGCAGGUUUCAAUGAUGUUCUCAUUGCUCCAGGUUUUCGAAAUGGCGUUGCCGGCCAAAAUAAGGCUGCGAUUAUCACAAAUCUUACGACAAAUGGAGCAACAAGCCAUAAUGGUGUUGUAUUUACAUUUCCAAAUGGCAAUGCCAUUGGAGCAUGGGUUGAUCAGAUACGCGUGAAUAUACCGUGGACAACGAAUCAACCAGGCGUUCCAAAUGUUUGCACUUCAGUCACCAGAAUUAACCGAAUUACUGAGUAUGAUACAGGCACACCCUCAACUGCGUUUGAUCUUGAGAACUAUCCAAAUGUCUUUUUUUAA